AUGGUUGUGAUAUUCGGUGAGCCAACGGUCGCCGGAGCCCAAAGUUCUGAAAAUUGGGAAAAUUGUCUGGAAAAGUGUUGGGAUACGUGGAAUUGUGUGUUAAUCUCAAAACUGACCUCUGGCUGUGAGUACUACUACAUUGGAGAUACUGUUUCCGUCGACAAAGUAGAGAAAAACUCCCAAAAACGGGUAGCUUUGAAGCUUCCGGUAACCCAAGGGCUUUGCUCAAUUUCCACGGACGCUCCGUUAUUUGGAAGUCCCAGCGCUUCGGUAGUCGCUACAAAUGGAACAGAGUUCUACUAUCAGACGAUGGUAACGGAUAAUGGAACAUUUUGUAGUUUUCAAUAUGGAUUAUGGACUUGUUUGAAGGAUGUUCCGGAGGAAUACGAGUCACUGGAAGGAAUGAAUUCAAGUGGAUAUCGUCAUUCUUUAAACGGGGCUCCAUUUUCACCCGGCGAGACAUUUUUCAUGAAGGGCAGAAUCAGUGCAGAAGAAGACCUCUUUUCUAUAUCAUUUCUCGAAGAUUCCACCCAAAACUACCCCGUCUACAUCAAAUUGAACAAUAAACGAACCGAAAAUUUCGUAACAACUGAGAUUGCCACGUGGAAGGACAGUGACAUAAUCUAUUGGAUUGAUAAUCAAACAAAUCCAUAUUCGAUUGGAGAUGAGUUCACAAUUUAUGUGAAUUCUUCCGAGACACAGGCUUUCAUCUAUUUGGAUAAUACGAAAAUUGUUUAUGAUCUACAGGAUGGUUUCCCUCUAUCUCCAACUACUGCUUUUGUGAUCAAUAUUAGUGGAGGUACAGUUAUAAUGUACUUUGUCGGAUGGACGGGGGACUGUUGGGUAUGGAAGUUUAAAUACUCUUUGAAAAACAAAUUUUCAGUUCGAGCCACUUACUAG